UGCCAUUUUAUACAAUUGUCAUUUAGAGAAAUGUUGUAAUAGUUUUACAGAUUUUAUUAAACAUUAUUUUUAUUCGAUGCCAUUAUGUUGCGCGUAAUAACCAAAUUGAAGAGUUUUAAACCGUCGCAGAGUUCAAUUCCUACUUCUAUCUGUGUUGAGAGUAGUUCCAGAGUGCUGCAAGCAGCCCCAUCAACGUUGCCCAGAUCAGAUUUUAUAAAGGAAUGCCAAGCAUUGUCCAUACCAGAGUUGAGACAACGACAACCAAAAGAUGCGGGCUUGAAAUGUUCGCUAAGCGAGUAUCUCAAGGGAGAUCCCGAUGUGAUAGAGGCGCUGGUGCCAACGGAGAUUAGCAAGCAUCGUUCCUCUGUCAUGGAGUUUCUGAGCAGGGAAAAAGACAGAAAGUGUGGGCACACUCAUGUGCUAAUCCUAGCUGGAGCUGAAUUCAUGCCGGGUUUUCAUUUCAGGCAACGCAGCGAGUUUCUGCAUCUCUGCGAUUGCUUACUACCGGGUAUGCUGCUAGUCGUGCUGCGGAAUCGUAAAAUGGUGCUGCACACAGUGUUGUGUGAACCUCGACGUGAGCAGCAGAUGGACGACAAGCUGGCCGAGAUUGCCUGCCAGCGUUACCAAGUCGAUCAGCUGCUGACGCUGCCUCAACUGAAGCAAUUUCUCUGCCGGCGGUGCAAUCAUUCGAGUGUCAAGCUCUGGUUUAGCUUGGAGAAAACUGCUCUAAGCAAAUAUAUCCAGGAGCUGGCUGAGCAGAUGCGUCUGCCUAUUGAUUGCCCACGUCAGUUGCUGGAGUAUGCACGAAGUUUCAAGACACCUCAAGAAAUGGAAGUCUUAAGACGUAGUCAUAGAAUUGCAGCCCAAUCCAUGCAGCAACUCAUUGCAGAGCAUGCGCCACGUCAGUCGAUGGAGCAGAUGCGUGCUUUGUUUGCCUACAAAUGUCAGCAGCAAUUUGCCCAUCAGCCGCUGCCCUUUGAACCCAAAUGCUACAAGGGAUCGGGACAAUUGUGGCUGAUGAAUGCAGCGUGUCAAUAUGCCGGCUAUUGCGGCAGCUUGGCCAGAACGUGGCCAAUCAGUGGCCGCUUUACGCCACCCCAGAAAGUCAUCUACAACAUGCUGCUGGGCAUACGUGAUAAGUUGUUCUAUUUAUGUGGCAAAAGAGAAAAAAUUGUGCAUACGCCACGUGAACUACACGUCGUAUACUUGACGCUGCUGGGAGAACAGUUGAUGCUUCUGGGAGUGUUGCCCUCUACAAUUAAGAAGUCCAAAGAACUCCAGAAGGCAGCUGCUGGCUUCACUUGUUUUCCCUCAUCGAUCAAGCAUAUUGGACUGGAUCUGCAGGAGAGUAGCGAACAGCUCCUCGAUUAUCCUUUAAAACCGGGCAAUGUCCUUGCCUUGCAGUUGUCCAUUUGUAUACCGCAAACUUGCCAUCAGGCUUAUUCCGAGUUCCGUGGCAUUUAUUGUGUGCUCGCCGACAGCAUGCACAUCACGGAGCAGCAUCAAGUGGAGCUCCUCACCGAGGAUUGCAGCUCGGUGGCUCGUGAUGUGGAGCAACUUCGCACGGGUUGUCUGCGAAUGGAACGUUUUGCCAACUGAUUACCUCGUCAGCAGAUAGUUCAGAGGUGCUAAGAAGCGAGCUUAAUGAUAACGAGAAUUUUGUGAUAAGGUUCGAUAUUAGAAACAAUGCGUCAAAUUCUUUUGUUGUCGUCAGAUCAGCAAAGCCUUGAAAAUCAAAGUGUUGUGAUGUGUUUUGUUAUGUGAAAGAUUAUUUGUAAAAAUAAAAAGUCAUUCAAUUACAAAGUA